AGCACAUCAAGCAUCUCCAGUUGUUUGCAAAAUCUUGUGUCUUCAAAGACAUGAUGUUCUCCCUGUUCCUCGGCGCGAGCUUGGCAGCCGCCAGCCGCCAAGGCGUGAAGCUGCAGGCAAAGACAAUGACAGCUUCAGAAGCUUUGGAGCUUGGCUUCAUCUCUGUGUUCGACAAUGACAAUGCGACUGAUUCCUUUGCGGAAGUUCGGCAGCACAUGCCGGAGUUGGUCCAGGGGAGGCAUGCGAAAUGCCCAGAGGUGCAGAUUUACGCGACCACGGACGGUGCCUGCGACCCCAAGAACCUGGUAGUGAUCACUUGCAUCAGUGCCAACAAUAUUCCCAGCUAUUGGGCUUGGAGUGAUACAGUGAAUCCCUUAGUCAAGUUCUGGGUGAACAGCGAGGACAACAAGGCCAACACCGUGGGCUACCACAACAACGAGAACCCCAAUUAUCACUUUGGUUGCCCCUUCAUCUAUGAAGGUGCGCUGAAUUUCGAUGGGAAAGUCAUGCAGGUUGACGCUUUGAUCGAACUCACAAUUGGUGAAUUUGCUGCUGGUGGGUCCAUCAACAUAGACACCGCAUUCCUUUCCGAGCACGACAGAAAUGGCGACGGAGUCUUUGAGCUUGUGGUGAACCUCUUCAAGAACGGCGCCCAGAUUUCCAAGAAUAGCCAGGCCAGCACGGUGCACUUCAAAUUCCAGCUCAUCAAGGCGGAGGGCUACCGGUGGUGCGCGUCUAAGCUCGGCUGAUGCAGCGCUGAAAACGAGCUCGGCGCGAUGCAGGGAAGUGACUGGCAUCC